CAACUCGUUACGGCAAAAGGGUUGCGUUGCUGCGUUUCCUCUUCCUCAUAUGUGGAUUGUUAUCUUAUAUUUGACAGUUGCCUCGAGCAUAGAGGUAUAUUAACAGAUUCUUGUAUGGAAAAGUGAUCUUCCGCAAAAUAUUGUUACCACCCUAGAUCUGUUUAGAGAACUUAUUGUGAAGAAAAUAUUAACCAAAUGCCACAAAAAAGGACACAAAAUGAAUCGCGAUAGCCCCAGCAAACCAAGAUCUGCAAUACCAGCUUAUUUGACUGGAGAGACUGAAGAUCCAUAUCCAAGCCUUUCUGAUAUACAUGAUUAUGAACCAAAUUUAGAAUUUGACGAUACUGAACUCCAACAACCAGUUGAUGAUGAAGGGGAAAUUAUUGGAAUUGGGAUAGAAUCCGAUGAAUUUCUAGAGACUCCUGUGUCUGACGGCACCAUUGAGGAGAACUUUGAAGAAGCAUUUGGCUUACCAUCUUUAAUUCCAGAAUAUCCAUCUCUAAUUCCAGAGCAAAGAGAUUCAUUGAAGGAACUUGAUGUGGAUGAUUUCAUUGAUGUUGCUCAACAUAGAAUUGUUGAUGUAGUGGGUGAUGACACAUAUGGCCGCAAGGUUAUUGUUGUCUCUGCUUGCAGGUUGCCAAGUAACAAAGUGCUGGAUCAUAACAGAUUGCUGAGUUAUUUGAUGCACACUUUGGAUAACUAUGUUGAGACUGAUUACACUGUUGUGUACUUUCAUCAUGGUCUCAACAGUCAGAACAAACCGUCUUUUCGGUGGCUUUUACAAGCGUAUCGCGCUUUCGAUCGAAAGUAUAAGAAAAAUCUGAAAGCCUUGUAUCUUGUACACCCUACAAAUUUCAUUAGAGUAAUUUGGCAAUUAUUCAAGCCAUUUAUCAGCAUUAAAUUUGGGCGGAAGAUGAUGUACGUUAAUUACCUCAGUGAAUUGGGUAACCAUAUCCAUCUUAAUCAAGUUAACAUACCGCCACCCGUGCUAACACAUGACGCUCAGCUGAUGUCGAAAAUUGCUAACAAGUCAGGACAAGGUUCUCAGGUGGAUUCUUCUUCAUUUGUCCAACCUUUACCUACCCAACAGUUUGGUGUGACACUGCAAUUUAUCAAGGAACGCAACAAUGGCCAGGUCAUUCCGCCGGUAGUCUCUCGCUGUGUGGAAUUCCUCAGCCAACCAGAUGCUUUGGAAACGGAAGGAUUAUUCCGUCGCUCAGCUAGUGUUUCGUUAGUACGUGACGUUCAGUCCCGGAUUAAUCGGGGUGAAUCGAUUGAUUUUCAGCGUGACUUUCCUGGCGAUUAUCAUCUAGCUGCUGUAACACUGAAAACAUUUUUGCGUGAACUGAAGGAGCCCCUAAUGACGUUUGACCUCUUUGACGACAUUAUAAAUUUUCAACGUUUGAACAAGGAGGAACGUGCUCAAAUGGUAAAAACACUUAUCUUGGAAAGGUUACCCGAGGAUAAUUACAUCUUAUUGAAAUACCUUGCACAAUUUCUCGCCAAAGUUCAAGAUAGAAGCGACUUGAACAAAAUGACAUCGUUCAAUCUCGCUGUGGUAUUUGGGCCCAAUUUAGUCUGGUCUCAGAACCAGCAAAUGUCUUUAUCGGCAAUCGGACCCAUUAACGCCUUGACGGAGCAUAUUUUGUCUCACUAUUUAGAAAUUUUCAUCUUGUAGUUGAGACAUUCCAAUGGCUUUCUCUCCACCUAGUCUUCUCGGACUGCUGAUUCCCCCGUUAUUGGAGCCUUUUCGUUAUCAGAUUAGACUCGCGCUUACCCCCUUUUUAGUUAACGGUUGUGUCAAAUGAGUGUUCUGCAGGUCAAGGUGUAUACAAAUACCUCUCAAAUUGAUUUAUAUUCUUUAUAGGUAACCAAUUCAUUUAGUGAAUUGUAAAAAAAUACGAACAUUGUCCUACAAAAGUUUUGACUUUGUUUACCGAAUUUGUUAAUUUUAAGUGAAACCAUAAUACCAAAAGAAACCAAACAUUGCAAAAAUUAAAAAAAAAACUGGCUGGGGCUAUAUUAAUUUAUUUGUCACUUAUGAACAAAAAAAGAAAGUGCAAAAAAGAGCGUAAGAAAAUACAUAGUAUGAUAUACAAUUUUUAGUUGAUUUUUUUGUUUUGCUUCAUUGAUGAGUCGCCACGUUUGAAUUAAUAAUGAGUUCAAAAGUAUUCAAAGCCCCACAGACGGAUAGAAGAUGAAAAUAUCCCUACCAUACCCCACGAAAAAAAAAAACGACACGCACGUUUUCCAUGCACUUGAUGAAAAAAGCUUGACAUUCCAAGAAGGAAAAUUUUCUGUUUACUCAACAAUAAGUUUUACAAAAAGAGAAUUGCUAUUUUGGCAUCGCAAAAGCCAAUAAGAAAUUGCUCGGUAAUAUUCUACAUCUACGA